AUGGAUGUAGACCGGAAGCUCAACAAGGCGCUCGAAGCGGCCAACGACGCCAUGCAACACCUUUCCGUAUCGCCAGAUUUUAGCAACUUAGACUACGCGCAUAUCGAUCGAUUGCUGGCCAGAGUUGUCGACCUACCUACCGAAGCAAACCAAAGAAACACGCGCCGCAAUCUGCUGGUUGUACGGCAAUGGAUGGUCCAGAAAGGCGCUGCAGUGAUCCUCCUUGAAGUCCUAGGUCAGUUGUUUUGGAGAUUAGGCGAACUGAAUGGGAGGCAAUUCGAACGAUUCAAGGCCGCGCUGGAGAAUCAGUCGUCAUAUCUAUCCCUGGUUCAGGACCAACGGGCAGUGGCAAUCGUCGUGCAACGCAUCAGGCACAUACAAAAGUCCAAAUCAGAUGCCUGUCAAGAUUUCUUAAUCGAGCUAUCUGAUGGCAGAUCGCCUACCCCUAUGCGUCAUAUGUCUUCACCAGGCAAGGCAGCCAUCUGCAUGACUAGUCCGGAGCCAGAACCAGCGGCUUUUGGCACAGGACUGAUCAAAUUUCUCCCAAGUUCUUCUUCGACCUUAUGGAAGAAUGAUAUGGAGCAUCUCCUGAUUGAGUUUUACAUCAAUGGAAUAUGCCCCGGACGCACCCCAACGAAAACAUCAAAUGCAUACAUCACCCUGCUGCGAACCGCAGAUACCUGUCCAAGCACUAGAUUCGCCUUACUCAGCCUAAGUGCCUCAUAUAUUGAAGAUUAUGUCCAUGCAGAAAAGGAGCGUUAUCAUCAAGCUCAUCUAUUUUACAUGACGGAGGCGCUGCAGUCGCUGGCUCGACAAAUCACCGCCGGUGACUCAUUUGAUGCAUGCCUGGCCACAAGCAUGCUAUUACUACACCAUGAUGCAGUCAACAACGUUGAAGAGUCGAAUAUGUGUUGGUCUGUUCACGCCAGUAUCUUCGACACGAUCCCACCAAACCAAAUCAGCCCGCUCUGCGACGCCGCUUCAUUCAUAAGAUACCAGCUGAUACUCGCAAGAACUUCAAAAACUGGUGCUCAAUUACGAAAUACCAAGCUACACUCACUAGAGACUGCAGAAUGGUACGAUCUGAUUCCUCAAAACGAGACGCAAUGCAUCAAUGGCGUACUCGGCCUCUCGCCGCAGCUUCUUUUCCUCAUUUCCUCCAUUACUGCUCUUUCGGCGGACAACAGCAGCUCCAUAAUGGCUCACAGACACUCUUACGCGCAAAUGCAAGACUCGCAGCUCCAGAAUUUGCGGCAAUGGACGACGGAGGUGUCAGGUGCAGCACUGGAAAUCGUGCUUACCACAGCGGAAACAUAUCGGCUUGCUACGCAGAUCUAUCUCAGAUGUCGACUAUAUGGUUACACUCGCUUCCAUCCUGCAGUCACUGAGCUCUCUGACGCCCUCAUCUCUCUUAUACUCUCCAUACCCGUUACCGGCCCGUUAUAUACCGCAAUAUACCCCAUCUGGCCACUCUUUAUAGCGUGUUUAACAUGUAACGCCGAGACAAGGGAUAGACUCUACCAGCGCGUCGUGCCGAUUCGGGAAGGAGACAAGAGCACGCUUCCAGCUGUUCUCCGCCGCAUUUCUGGUCUGCGCAGCUGGCUUGCGCGUCAGAGCCCCGAGAUUCAUCGUCAUGAGGGCUGGUGGGAUGAGAUGCUAGAGCCGGAGAGCAGUGCUCAUGUUAUCCACACUGAUCGGCUUUUGUGUUUGGGGUGAGAUGGUAUAUGCUGAGGACGCCUGGUGCGCUCCUCAUGCUUGCAAUUGCUACUCAAGCGUCUCUUUCAAUUUCGUUUGUCAUUUCUGUUCGCCUAUACAUAUUUAUCUGUAAAUCGUUCGCUGGAUAAAACUGCAUUGCGAGGAUGGGAGGGGCGUUCUACUGCUUUAGGGACCGG